AUCCAUUCCCACAUCUCUCUCUCUUUUCCCUCUUCACUUCUCAAACCACCAAACAGAAGAUUAAAAAAAAAGAUGACUUUAACAUUACGUUCAUCAACUUCUUUCAUCAAUCUUAAAGACACCAGGAGCCUGAAAACUCCUGAGGAGUUCUCCAGCAAUAAUAUUUUCUUUGCACAAACAAAGCCGUCAUGCCGUAUCCGAGCUGCGAAGAGCUCGACGCUGCAGGAGGCGGCACAGCUCUCGCGCGAGAAGCCCUCGAUUUCCACAGAAGGGUGGAGAAAUGAGGAGCGGCCGGAGAAGCUGCACGCGCUGUCAGGGUGCCACAGCGCGAAUAAUGAUUCAAGGGUGCCUGUGUUCGUGAUGCUGCCGCUCGACACGGUGACGCACGGAGGCAAUCUUAACAAGCCGCGAGCAAUGAAUGCAAGCUUGAUGGCGUUGAAGAGUGCAGGAGUGGAAGGAGUGAUGGUGGAUGCUUGGUGGGGGUUGGUGGAGAAAGAUGGGCCUCUCAAGUAUAAUUGGGAAGGGUAUGCUGAGCUUGUGCAGAUGGUUCAAAAGCAUGGCUUGAAGCUCCAGGUUGUCAUGUCUUUUCAUCAGUGUGGAGGGAAUGUUGGAGACUCUUGCAGCAUUCCAUUACCUCCAUGGGUGUUGGAAGAAAUCAGCAGGAACCCUGAUCUUGUCUAUACAGACAAAUCAGGGAGGAGGAAUCCUGAGUACAUCGCCUUGGGUUGUGAUUCAUUGGCUGUUCUUAGAGGAAGAACACCCAUUCAAGUCUACACAGACUACAUGAGGAGCUUUCGAGAAAGAUUCAAAGAUUAUUUGGGCGAAGUUAUUGUGGAAAUUCAAGUGGGAAUGGGUCCUUGCGGGGAGCUCAGAUAUCCAUCUUAUCCAGAGAGCAAUGGAACAUGGAGGUUUCCUGGAAUUGGAGAAUUUCAAUGCUAUGACAAGUACAUGAGAGCUUCCCUAAAAGCAGCAGCAGAGGCGAAAGGGAAGAGUGACUGGGGAAGAAGCGGACCGCAUGAUGCCGGUCAAUACAAUCAAUUUCCUGAAGACACUGGAUUUUUCCGCAGGGAAGGAACAUGGAACGGUGAAUAUGCACAGUUCUUUCUGGAGUGGUAUUCUGGAAAGCUAGUAGAACAUGGUGAUAGAAUCCUUGCUGCUGCAAAAGGAAUCUUUCAAGAAACUGGAGCAAAACUUUCAGGAAAAGUAGCUGGAAUCCACUGGCAUUACAGAACAAGGUCCCAUGCAGCAGAGCUAACCGCCGGAUACUAUAACACUAGACAUAGAGAUGGUUACCUUCCAAUAGCGCGAAUGAUGGGCAAACAUGGAGUUGUACUUAACUUCACUUGCAUGGAAAUGAAAGACGGAGAACAGCCCGAGCAUGCGAAUUGCUCGCCGCAAGGGUUAGUUCGGCAAGUAAAGAUGGCGACAAGGAGUGCUAGAAUAGAACUUGCAGGUGAGAAUGCUCUGGAGAGGUAUGAUGAGAGUGCAUAUGGACAAGUUUUGGAAACAAGUAGGUCGGAUUCUGGCAAUGGAUUGUGUGCAUUCACGUUUUUAAGACUGAAUAAGAGGUUGUUCGAAGAAAACAAUUGGCGGAACCUGGUGCAAUUUGUGAAAGGCAUGUCAGAUGGUGGUCGAAACACAAGACUUUCGGAGUGCGACUCCAGUGGAACUAACCUGUACGUUGGAUUCAUCAAAGAGAAGAAUGCAAAGGAUGUUAAAGAGGUUGCUCUUGUAUAAAGACUAUCUGUGCGUGUUAAGUUGUAAUAAUGCAUAUUUUAGUGUAUUAUUAUAAUGUAAAGAAAAAAGGAAAACAGGAAAACAGGGUGGGGGGGAACCAUAAUACCUAUACACUAUAUAUAACCUGUCUCUUAUGCUUAGCUCUGACAGAGUUAAAGACAAGAAUAGAAUUCUGUAUCUGCAACACCUAAAGUCUGUAAAGUUUGGAGCCUGAAUUUUUCUAAGGCA